AUGCAGGCUAAACGCGCACGUACAAAUGGCUCGCAGCGGAAUGGCCACGGAUCUCAGCGCCAGAACCCACGAAAGCGACAGCAAGAGGUCGAAGAGGAAAUGUCAGAAGGCGAAGCGGAGGGGGAUGGUGACUACGAAGACAUCUUCCCAAACGGCACUGAUCGUCGCGGCAAGAAGAACACUAGGCUGACGGAUGAACAACUGCAACAGAUCAAAGAAGAUAAGGAAUUUGAGGAGGAGAUGGAGCCGAAGAUCCAAGAUGCUAUUUUUAAUCGGCCGAAGAGGCAGGGGGACAUCGCCGAGAUGGGCAUUAUCCAAUCCCUCGAGCUCAUUAACUUCAUGUGCCAUAAGAAUCUGAAGUUCCAUUUUGGACCUCAGAUUAACUUCAUCAUUGGUCACAAUGGCAGCGGGAAGAGUGCUAUUUUGACCGCUUUGACCGUGGCACUAGGCGGAAAGGCAAUGGCGACGAGCCGCGCCAGCAGUCUAAAGACCUUGAUCAAGGAGGGGGAACCAGCUGCCGAAGUCACUGUCGUGCUGAAAAACAAAGGACCAGAAGCAUUCAAUUACGACAUCUAUGGAGACUACAUCAGCAUAACACGAAGGCUUACGAUGGAAGGCAGCACCUCGUAUAAGAUCAAGGGCGCCAAGUCUGACAAGACAAUAUCAAGCAAGCGCGACGAACUGACCGCUAUCUGUGAUCACAUGAACAUCCAAGUUGACAACCCAAUGAACGUUCUCACGCAGGACACAGCUCGGCAAUUCCUCAGCGCUUCUAAACCAAAGGAUAAAUACGCCUUCUUCCUCCGCGGCACCCAACUGCUUCAGUUGAGCCUUGAAUACGAGCUGAUUCGAGAGAACAACAAUCGUAUGGGCCAAGUCAUCGGCCAGAAGAAGGAAGUGAUACCCGAACUGGAGAAGGAAGCCGACGAAGCUCGUAAUCGCUUCCAGGAAGCUGAGAAGGCUCGUGAUCAACGCAAUCGGCUCGACACCUUGAUGGAAGAAAAGGCUUGGUCUAUUAUUUUUGACAAAGAGAAGGUGAGUCUUAUGAAUCGGUCGGCAGGAAUUAGCCCUGACCUUGUGGGCUUCCAGGAGGUGAAGAAACACAAAGAGCGUGUUGAGGGCGCAGAAAGGGUUCUCCCAAAACUGAGCACUGAAUUCGAAACGGCAGAUGAGGUGGCCCCGCUAGAGGAAAAAAGAACACGUGUCCAUGGUGCAGUCAGGAACAAAAAGCAGGAAAUCAUGCAGAUCACGAACGACGAGAAGGAGAUGAACGGGGAGAAGAAGCGGAUUGACCAAGUCAUUCUCGAAUUGAAGCAGCAAUUGGAAGAGGAGACUCGCAAAUUGAGGGAAGAUACGAGAGAGCAGCACGAAGCCGCGCAAGCGAGACUGCAUGUUGUUAGGGAAAAACUCGAGGAAGCCAGAACAGUUGUUGCCGAACAUGCGCGACAUCACGACGAAUUGCGGAACCAGCACCGUAAGACGAAGGAAGAGCUCAAGGAAGCUGAGCGUGAACGGGAAGACGUAAAGAAAGCGAUCCAGGAGUCUCAAAAUGUGAUCACUCACAUGCAGAAAACAAAGACGAAUUCCAUGCAGGGCUAUGGCAAUAAAAUUCCAGAGCUCCUCGAACUCAUUAAGCAAGAGAGCAAUUGGUUCGGACAACCCCCACUUGGUCCGUUCGGCAUGUAUGUGGACGCUAAGCAGAAUGCCGGCCAAUUUGUUCCUGUACUGAAAGUCAUCCUGGGUCAUAUGAUGAGAGGAUUCGUGCUCACAGACGCUCGCGAUCGUACCAAGCUGAAAAGGCUAUUGGAUGAGACGAACAACCGAGAUACCCAGAUAGUGAUCUCUGAACGCGAUAUCUUCGAGUAUGCUCAUGCAGAGCCUCCGCCGGAGAUUCUCACCUUCCUCCGCGUUCUUGAUUUCAAAGACGAGUGGGUAAAACGCAUCUUCAUCAACUCUCACAGAAUUGAGACGACAUUACUGUGCAAAAACCGCGCAGAGGCAGCAUCGCUAUUUAAUCAGUAUAGCAUGAUUGGCUCUGCAUUUUGUGCGGAUGGUCUCCAGUAUCGCAAAUACAAGUAUGAGUGUUCUUUUAGCACCAGAACCUCUGCUGACACAUCUCCCAUAGCGAUGGAGUUUCUAUCCAGUGACGAUAUUAACCCAUCCGCCAGCGACGCGAAGGAGAAAUUGCAUUCCGACGAAAGACGAUAUCAGGAAAUUGUUCAACAACUUCAACCCCUCCAGAGAAACCUCACUCAGUUCGAGGCCGAACUCAAACGAAUGCAGCGGACUGGCGAAGAGCUUGAAAGGGCCGUACGAGUCGCUCAGAAUGAAGUUGAGAGUGUCGAGCUAGAUAUGCGGCAAGACGAGCCUGCUAAUCUGGACUCUAUUCAGCAGGCAAUACGAGAAACUGAGUUGGAGCGGCAAAAUAUCAUAAGCCAGUUUACCACAUUGGAGGAGCGCAGGACAGAGAUAGACAAUGAGGUCAAGCCCCUCCUGGCGGAGCAAGAGUCCCUCAAAGAGCAGAUGGCAAAAUAUGAGAUCCGUAUUGCCGACCUCCAGACACACCUCGGAGAUCUGGCCGCGAAGCGUGCGCAAGCCCAGAGCAACAGGAACCACUACGAAAUAAGGUUACAAGAGGAGAAUAAGAAAAUUACUGACCUUAGAGGUGUGCUCCAGGCUUCAGAACAAGAAUUGACGAAUUGGACGGCUCAAGUCACCGAAAAGUAUAAUCGAAUUGAGAAGGCCCGGAAGACGGAGACUAUCGAAAAAGAGAUACACGGAAUUGAACGCGCAUUGAAAGAGAGAGCGGCUCGGGGUGGCGCCUCGGUGGACGAGAUGGCUAUCGAGCUUACCCGGACCAAGGCGACGUUGGAUCAAGCCAAAAAGGAUCUCAGUGACAUGGAAAAGUUGCAGAAGUCAUUAAGGCAAGCGUUGUAUGCCCGCCAAGAUAAAUGGCAUACAUUCCGUCGCCAUAUCGCCAUUCGCGCUAAGCUUGGAUUCCAAAAAUAUCUCAACAAACGUGGAUACUUCGGGAAGCUCGAUUUCAAUCACGCUGUGAACACGCUCGAACUCAAGGUUCAGACUGAGGAUGCAGUGGGCACGCAGAGGGCGCGAGAGAAGGAUCCCAAAUCCCUUUCCGGGGGAGAAAAGUCCUUCUCCACAAUCUGCCUUCUCCUGUCACUUUGGGAAGCAAUCAGCUGCCCGAUACGAUGCUUGGACGAGUUCGACGUAUUCAUGGAUGCCGUGAAUCGGCGUAUAUCCAUGAGCAUGUUGACGAGUACGGCAAAGGAAAUGGCUGGUGUCCAAUAUGUGCUGAUCACACCGCAAGACAUGAGCAGCAUCAAGCUCGGCCCCGAAGUACGAGUGCAUAGGAUGAAUGACCCAGAGCGUGGACAAGGACAAUUGAACUUCCACUAG